AUGUUGCGGGGCAACACCCACAGUCGUGGAACGUUGUUCCCCGGCGUCGGAGCGACUGGUGGUGGUGGUGGUAAAUCAAUCAGAAUCAAACAACAACAAAGAUACAAAAAAUGGAUCAAAAAACGACGCGUUCGUGUUAUACUCCUUCUCGUGGUCCUUCUCAGCGCGUGUUCGUUCUUCUUGAACAACGCGUUCCAUGGAAUCUUAAAUCGACAAAACGACGAGAACGAGAAAUCGAUGAGAAAAGUAAACUCGCACUACGCGAAAGUCGAUCGACACUCUCGCCGAGAGAGGAAACAAAUGCAAAGAGAGGAUCAUUUGAGCAAGAUUUUCGGGUUAAUCAUCGAAGAGGACGACCUCGAGAAUAACAAAGACUCCUCGUCGUCGUCGUCGUUAAAAGCCGACUUUCGUGGUGGUGGUUUUGAACAACAACAACGAAAAAGUCUGAGCAAGUUGGCUUUUGGACAAUAUCAGAUGCAACAAAAGCGACUGUUCCCGGGCGAAGGGAUUAAAGUUUUCCGAGAACGGAUUUUCGAUCCUCUUCUGCAUGGAUUAGAAUACGCGCACAUGGGCACCAUAAUCGCAAACUCGGGUGAAAACGGAAAAGGAAUUUCAGUCGCGUUUCAAACCGCGCCGGAUAUCGAGGGCGGGUUCGACCAAACCGUGCGAGUGAUGACGAAAAAGAACGGGAAGACGACGAAGAGUACGUUUGUCGUGUAUAACGAGACGGAGGACGGUGGUCUUGGUAGUAGCAGUGGUAGUAAUAGUAGUAGUAAUAGAAGAAAAUUAGCGGAUACUGCGUGGGUUUUAGAGAAGCCUUUACCGGCACCGGCGGUUGGUGAGAAAAGCGCGGCGACGAAAAUUGGAGGAGAAACUUUACAACCGAGGACGUAUUCGAACGGAUUAUGGGCGCCGGUGUUACAUCGAGACGAGAAAACAAAAACGGAGUAUCUCUUUUACGCGGAGACGCCGCCGAGAUGUUUGCGACCGAGAAUCUUAGCGCAAGAGUUUCCAAUCGUGCGAAAGGCGAUACCGAAGAGAUGGAUUAUUGGUGGUGAUAUCAAAGUGCGAACGAGAAGUUUCGCCGACGGCUCCGGGACAGAGGAUGAAAACGGAAACGAUGAUGGAGUGGGGGAUUUGAAAGAAUGGAGCAAAGCGAAAACGGUAUAUCGCAUGACCACGGAUAACGUCGCCAUUCCGAAAGUAAUCGCGAAUAAAUUGACGGUUGUUACAUUAGAUAACGCCGAAGAAGUUUGGCUCUUACCGUUCUGGCGACAGAGAAGUCCACACACGUGUUCCACGGCGAGAGGUGUUCGCAACGCGGCGGGCGUUUUGCGAUCGACCGAUAAAGGUGAAACGUGGAAAGCAAACGGUGCGAUUCAGUUUCAAACUGGUGCAAAAGGCCGAUGGGUUAUUGAAGGUUCUAUAUUUGAAAGCGGCGAAAAUCAUCAUUUGACUAUGCUCAUGCGUUCGACCGAAGGCGUCGCGUUUAAAUCCAUCAGUAGUGAUUUGGGUGUCACGUGGUCAGCGCCGUUGCCUUCAGCGCUCGUCAAUCCAGACUCUAAAUUAAACACGAUUGUCAAUCGGAAAACGAAACGGCUCUACGUCGCGUUUAACGACGAAACCAUUGCAAUGACUGCGAGCGAGGGUGGUGCGGAUGCCAUCAAAGGCACUUCGGAGGAUAAAGAGCAAACGGCGGGCGGUAAGAAACGCGACGAAUUGGUCAUCGCGCACUCUGACGACGACGGCGAAAAUCUUUACAUAUUCGCGCGAAUCGACGAAGGUGUCACACCUCCUGGUGUGAUGAUCCACUAUCCAACCAUGGCGUUUUACGACGAUCAAGAGUUAUUCGUGACGUACUCCAUAUCGUAUAACAACGCGACCAAUUUCGUGGAAAAGCCAAGACGCGACGGCAUUUGGUUAGCGCGCAUGACGCCGCCAAAAACUAUCGACGAAACGAAACCGAGACGUAGUUUGAAAACGAUAUUAUUAGAUAAUGGUGUUGGUAGUAGUAGCAAUAGUGCUUUGUAG